AUGUUUAAUAUAUUUCUCUUCAUAGUAUUUAUAAUCCUCAAAUUGCUAUUAGUGUUUUUGCAGUUGGCUAAUGCGGGCGUAAUGUCCGGAGUGCGGGUUGGCAGUCCGCAGCGAGCUGACUCGAUCGCAUCACGAGCGGUGGAAGCCGGCAGCGCAGGCGGAGAGCUGUGCGUUGUCUGCGGUGACAAGGCCAGUGGACGGCAUUAUGGAGCCGUGUCGUGUGAGGGCUGUAAGGGCUUCUUCAAACGAUCCAUUAGGAAACAGAUCGGGUACAUGUGUCGAGGCGCCAAGGACUGUCCGGUCACCAAAUUUCAUCGUAAUCGAUGCCAGUACUGUCGAUUGAAGAAAUGCCUGUCGAUGGGCAUGCGCAGUGAGUGUAAGUACUGUAAUUUCCUUCACUGCGACGCUUUCGGGAGGUAAAU